AAGGGCGUGGCCUAGGGUCCGGUUGCCAUGGCCACGGCUCCGCUUGGCGGGAGUCGGGUCGGCGCCUCAGCGGGGCCGCGCCGGCUUCGCUCGAGGAGCCCCCGAGAGCAUGAAGGCCUUCCUAAGGAGCUCGGAUGGCAUCUUGGCCCUCAGGCCAAAGAUAACGACGAUAGGAAGGCAUGAUGAGUCAGACAUCGUUCUUAAGUCUCCAGGGCUGGAAGACCAUCACGCCGCCCUCGAAUUCAGCGACGCCGAGCACAGCUUCGUUCUUCGGGACUUCAACACCGGCAGUGGCUCCUUUGUGAACGACUGCCAGAUCCAGAACGUGGCCGUGAAGGUGGGCCAGGGAGACCUCCUGCGCUUUGGCUCCGCUGGGCCCACCUUCGAGCUGGUGCUGGACCACCUGCCACAGGUGCCUUAUCCUCCAGUGAAUCGGCGCAUUGCCUGGCCGGGCCAAAUCCAGGUAGUUACAGAGGCAGCCUCCCCUCCUUCGGCAGCUGCUGCUCCUCAGUUUCCGUGGCUGCCCACUCAGCAGUCCUCACCCGCCAGCCCCAGCUGGCCCUAUUCAGCAAGCGGGGCCUCACCACGUCCCCCCCUCCGAAAAAGGCCUCCUGGAAGCGCCUGGGGCAGGACCGUCUCUUCCUCUGCCUUCUCUCCCGAGCUUUCCAGCUGGUCUCCAGCCACCCUCACAGGCAACGGAGCCCUCCCUGGCCCUCUCGCCAGCAGCCACCCGGGGGAUGUGCUGCUCAAAGAGAAGGAAGAGACCAUUUUGAAACUGGGGGAGGAGAUCAACCGCUUGUCCGCCUUUGAAAGCGAGUGCAGCCACAAGGACACGCUGAUCGCGGAGCUCCAGCGUGAGAUUUCGGCCAUGAACGAGAAGGUGGUGGCAACCCUGGCCAAGAAGGACACCGAGUUCCAUCAGAAGCUGGCCAGCCUGGACAAAGAGUCCGAAGCCAAGGCCGAAGAGAUCAGGAGGCUGAAGGAGCAGGUGACCGGCCUGCAGAGAAACACCAGCGAAGUCUUGUACCACUCCCUCUCGGACCGCGACCUGCAAAUCGCCCACUGGAAGCAGGAGAACGAAGCCCUGAAGAAGAGCUAUGCGCUCACCACAGGGCUGGUGACCAGUUUGCAGAAGGAGGCCGUCUCGAAGGAGCAGCGCCUCCAGCAGCUGAAGACGGAGAUGGAGAAGCUGCGGCAGGAGAGCCGGGAGAAGGACAGCCAGCUGGCCUAUGUCUCCGCCCAGCGGAUCGCAGAGCUGGAGCUGCAGGCCGGCCAGGCCAAGGAGGAGGCGAAGAGACACUGCGCAGAGCAGGAGGCCCUGAGCCGGAGGCUGGCCGAAACCACCAAAGCCGAAGGGGAGCUGAAGCAGGAGGCGGAGAGGCGGGCCCAGCAGGUGCAGGAGUUGGGCCGCCGGGAGCGUCUCCUGCGCUCGGAGAUGGAACAGGCGGAGGCUCAGGCGCAGCGUUUCCGGGACCAGGUGCUGAAGGCCCUCUUUCCCGACCCUCCCAGGAAGCCUCUGACUGAUGAGCAGAUUGUUGAGGGGCUCCACCAGAUGCAGGAGAGCCAGCGGGGGUCCGAGCAGAGGGAGGCAGGGCUGCAGAAGGAAGUGCAGACGAGGGGCCUGGAGAUGGAGAAGCUCUCCUCCAACCUGACCCUGCUGAAGAACUCGCUCGACGGAUUCCAGGAGUUCCUGAAGACCUCUUUCUCGGCCAAGAGCCUAAAGGGGGCCAUCAGCCAGCUGCAGAGCCUUCCCCCUCUGGCUCCCCUGGCGGCAGGAAUCCAAGUCUCCCUGGCCCGCAUCUUCUACAGCGUCCUGGGCUGGGUGGAAGCACUGGAGUCUCUGCUCUGGAACAUGGGCAUUGAUGCCCCGCCUGGCGACGCAGGAAUGGCCGCCUACAUGAAGCAGCUGCUGGACCAGCACCACGGCGUGACGGGGCAGCUCCAGGCCUUGCAGGGUCAGCUGCGGAGGGCGGAGGAGUCCCAGCACGCCACCCUGCGGGAGAAGCUGAAGGAGCUGAAGGAGCAGCUGGAGGGGGAGUCCCAGGCCAGGGAGAGGGAGAUCCAGGAGGAAGGGAAACAGCAGAGGGAGGCCUUGGCCAGGAGGGCCGCCCUGGAAGCAGCCGAGCUGAAAGAAGCCCUGGAGGAGGAGAGGAAAAGGGGCCGCCUCUUGGAAGCAGAAGUGAAGGAACUCUCCCAGGCGAUGGAAGGGCAGAGGGCCCUGGAGAGGACGCUGGACGCCCGGGUGAAAGAGAGCCUGGGCUCUCUGGAAGAUGCCAAGAGGGGGAAGGCCACGGCGGAAGAGAAGCUCUCGGCCUGGGAGAGGCGGCUGCAGGGCCUGGAGGCCGAGGCCGAGUCGCUGAGGCAGAAGCACCAGCGGGAGAUCUCGGAGUACCAGGAGCAGGUCAAGCAGCACGCCAGGACCAUCGUGCAGCUGGAGAAGAGGCUGCCCAGCGCUGCCGCCCAGCCGCCGGAGGAGGAACGUGGGCCCCGGCCGAGAGAAACGCAGAAGGAGCCUUGCAAGCCCCCCUUGCCUUCCCCACUGGGGCUCUGCCCCAUGGACGGCUUCCACGCGUUCCUGAAGGAGGAGCUGGCGGAUGCCAAGCAGGAGAUCCAGGCCAACCAGGCGGUCAUCGCGGAGCUCAAGAAGGAGCUUUGCCAGGCCAGAGCCACGAUGUCCGACGUGAUCGGGGAGCUGAGUGAGAAGCAGAAGGCGGAGCUGGAGGAGAAGAGGGGCCUCGUGCAGAGCCAGGCCCGAGAACUCGGCCUCCUGCGGGAGAAGCUGUCGGAGUCCUCCAGGAUGCUGGGCCAGAGGGAGAACCACCUCCAAGCCACCACCCAGGAGCUGAAGAGGGCCCGGGAGAAGGCGAAGGAGCUGCUGGAGGAGGCGAAGGCCGCCCAGAGGGCCAGGCUUCUGCAGCACAAGGGCGUGCAGACUGCGGGGGCCCUGCAGGACCAGCCCCACCCGGCUGCCAAGGAGCCCCCCCUCUUGUCCCUGGCCGACCUGGGGGCCCGGUGCAAAGGCUCCCGCCACGAGGAGGUCAUCCAUCGGCAGAAGGAAACCCUGGCCGAACUGCGCAAGAAGCUCCGGAAACUGGAGAAGGAGGCCAGAAGCUCGGAGCCACUCCUGGUCGUGCAGAGAGGGCCGGCAGAGAAGCCAGAGCAGGCGAGGGAGAAGGACCCGGUGGCGGUGCUGACGGUGGCCAUGGGUGCCCACCAGCCUCCAGCCGGGCCCUCCAGCUUCGACCCCAACGAGGCCACUGAGAGGAAUGCCAGGCUGGAGAUGGCGGAGGCGCUGGACCUCAGCGAGAACCUGUACCUCAGCCUCGUGCGGGGCCUCUCCAGCCUGAUGGACGUGGAGCAGCUGAUGGGCUUGCGGACGCUCAAGCACCUGCCCCAGGCCGAGCGGCAGAAGCUGGGCCUGCUGCGCCACAAGGACCUGGAGCUGCUGCUGGACAGGAUCGGGAAGCUGAAGAGCCGCCUGGAGAGGAAGGAGUCCCUGCUGAAGGAGUACGAGGAGGAGGAGCAGGAGCAGGGGGGCUCCGGGCCCUUCAGGGGCAAGAGGCACAGCCUGCAGGCCUGCCAGUCGGAGGUGGCCAGGCUGUCCGACCAGGUGCACCGGGACGCGGAGGAGAAGGCGCUGCUGAAGGAGGCGCUGGAGAGGAUGCGGCUGCAGCUGAGCAAGGAGAAGAGGCUGAACAAGGCCCUCAAGAGGCCCAAGACCCCCAGGAAGCCGCCCUGCGAGAGUCCGAAGGCAGCCGAGGGGACGAGGGAGGCCGGCAGACCCCGAGUGCCUUGCGGCGGCUGGGCCUAGGCGGCCUCUUCUCUGGAGCCCUGCGGGGCAGGAACGCUCCUGCCGCCACUGUAAAUAGGAGAAACAAUGAGGAUCUAUUUUGUAACUACGGGCAUCCAGGACCCCCCAAGCCCCACCCCGGGUACACCGGGCCUCGAAUGUGAGAAAGGCACCAGAGGUGCCACGGCUGGAGGAUAAAAGGCUCUCUUGCCCUGCUA